GGUUCAAAAUGGUGGACGAAGACAAGGAUUUUCCCAAGCCAAAAAGAGCUAAGAAAGAGCUACGUGAAUAUCCUAAAAUGCCAAUAUGGAUAUGCGAAAAUCACGAUGAAGUCCUCUACUAUAUUCAUAGAGCUAUUGCAUCAAAGCAUAUCGCAUACGAAGGAGUUACUGUCCUUCAUUUUGACUCUCACCCUGAUCUCACAGUUCCCGUGAAGAUGAAGGGCCGCACCGUGUUUGAGCAAGAAAAACUCUACGAAGAGAUUAGUAUUGCGGACUGGAUUCUUCCUGCUGUCUUUGCAGGACAUAUAAAUAAGGUUAUCUGGGUCAAACCACCGUGGUCAGAUCAAAUCAAAGAAGGUGUAUUUCACUUGAAGGUUGGCCAACACAAGGAAACUGGCUUUAUUAGGUAAGAUACGUCUUCGACUUUGCAUGUCCAAAAUGGGUUAAAGACAUUUAAAUAUUCUACGCCUGAGCACUUUACGAGUGACCAAAAUCCAUGUUGACGAGACCCACGUCCGUGAAACGGCAAAACGUAUUCUGAACUACCCUAUCGUCCGCUUGUCACACCAGUAAUGAGUUUUGACAGCUUGGAAAUUCAGUUUACUUGUUGAGACGUAUGAGCAUCCACAGACUGAGGAUUACUAAAUCAUAACCAAAACUUGAAUAAAACCCUCAAUGAUUGAUCCACUGGUCAAGAAAGCAAUUUUCCAAGCUACAAUUCUUCUAUUGCUAUUUUGAGCCAAAAAACUCCCAUCACUUUUCAAUUACAUUUACCACAAAAUAUUUCAAACCCAUCCUAAAGAUGUUUACUGUAACCUGCAUUGAAAGAGUUAGGUAGGUUGAGUCUGCACUCAAGCCAGGUGGCCCUUCCAGCCAGAGCUAAUCCCAGUUUAUGCAGCUCUAAUGGGCCGCAAAUAAUGCCACUUCCCCUUGGAUGCACUACUAGUCUGUCACAGACUACCUGCCAGCAUUUCAUCAGACUUCCUUGACAGUUCCCAGUACCUCUUUAUACUCCUGGGUGGAGAGAAGCAUUGUGAGUGGAAAGUGCCUUGCCAAAGAGCAGCACCUUGCGACCCUUCUAAAUCUCAAACCCAGACCUCUCCCCCCAGAGUCUAAUGCACUAAAUGUUAGGCCACCACAUCUCUGCAUUGCCCUGAAAGAACCCUGGUUUUGUUUGACUAUUAUUGCUGGUUCCUAGGAAGUUCAAACUAGACUACAGUUACAAAAAUUUAACAUAAUGGUCUUUGUAAAUCAGACUGCCCUGCAUGUAGUCAGCAGUUGUAUUUAUUCAGUAAUGUGCAUAGCCUUUUUUUCUGAUUUUUCAGGGUGACAUGCCCAGAGACAUAUUUUGUGGAAGAGCUACUUUAUGCAGAUGAAGCAUCACUAGAAAGCUGCAAAGAUUUGGAACUUGUUGUAUUUACUCUUGAACCUGGUUCAAAAGAAAUCAAGGAACACACUGCUGCCCUGGAGAAAGAAAACAAAGUCUCUAAGGCAUUAGAUUUGGAGAAUAAUGAAAAUAAAGUUGCCAAAGUGAGGGAUCAUAAACAGAGCAAAGAUGCAUUUGAAUCAUUACUUCCAUCAGGCAAAUCAACUGCCCUUGAAAAUAACUUUAUACUUGAUAUAGACAUGGACUUUUUUUCAACCCAAAACCCUUUCAAGCUGCUUUACACAGACGUAAGUAAUAACUCAUAGGGUUCUGUUAUUAUCUUUUCACAAGGUGACUUACACAGCAGUUGUGUUCCAUUUUAGGAAGAGUUCCUGUGGCUCAGAGAUAUUUAUAGAUUUGAAGAACCUCUCUCAACAAGUAGAAAGGUAAGAAAUUUAAAAGAUGGCGCUAUUGUUUUGAUGAUUAAUUUAACUACAGUCAGUUAAAGGGCAGUGACAUCAGCCACUGAUUAUUCAGUGGUUAGUGUGAACUGAUGUCAAAAACAGUAAUGUGGUAAUUUUUAAAGAGUUAUAGAAAAAAAUCAAUAAAUGAAGUCUAAUAAAUAACUCAGUGAAUAAAUACCCUCAUAGUUUUCAGUCAUUGUUAAUUUGAAUUUUUGAGACAUAAUAUGACCAAAUUUGUGGCAAAUUCUCUGGAGGUCCUUGCAGAUUAGCUAGGCCCUUGAUUUAUUAUGAAAAGUUUGGGAAAGACUGUACAGUUUAUCUUCUGCUGUUAAUAGUAUAUUGUGUUGAUUUUCCUGGUUUCAACUUUUAUUUUUUAAGUGCACACAAUUAUUCAGCAGUAUUGCUGUGGUAACCAAAGUUUGUUUAGUAAUUGAACUUUUUAUAAAUCCUCAGGAUUUAGAGAGCUGUGUAACAUUACGGAAAGCUCAAGUGGAAAAAAUUGAGGCAACUUAUUCAUAUCUGCAACAUCAAUCUUCUCCUGGCAGUGAGGAGAAAUUAUGUAUUGAAACAUCACCUGAAUGUUGUCUGAACCAAGAUUUGGUUAAGCUAAUAGAAAUGAUCAAAAGUCACAAAAGAGAGGAGCCUGAUUAUGAAAUGGUAUUGUUGCUUUCUAUGUAGAAAAUAAAUGUUUUGUUGAUAAUAGUAUGGUUAGAGUCCCAGGGCAGUGAGUGGGCAAGGGUAAGUCCAAACAGCUGCAGAAAAAUUUUAGUCAUGAAGAACAGCAAAUAAAGAUAUCGUUGUUUCAUUGUUUACAGAGAAAUGAAGGAAAAGGUUCAUAAUGCCAACAUAUUCAUAUCUCCUGAUCAACAUGAUUUGCCCAGCUUUUCCCUGUUAGUUCAACAUUGCAACGAUAUUCUGCUUAAACUUGUUUAUUUGCAAAAGGGCCUUAUUAAACGUCUGAGUGAGAAACUAGAUUCAUGUUACUGUUGUGCAUCUGUUCAGUAAAAGAGCAUAAAAUGUGAGGCACAGGUGAUUAUGUCACUCACAUUCUCACUACAUUUUGUUUUCUCUCUGGUUUACCACUGAACAGAAACUAGGCAAUAUGAGAACAUUUAUUUUGUGUCCUCACUGAAGGUUUUUGAAAAAUAAUUAUAACCUUAUUUUUGAGAAAUACCUAUUUACCUAUUUGACCGUUUUAGCUGCACUUUUCUGGGAUGUCAGCAGAUAUUCCUCAUCAUGUGAGUUCUUCAGAAAUGAUUGACAGUCUGAUGCAAUCUAUGGCAGCCAUGUUGAAAUGUUUUCCAAAGCCGACCUUCAUCACUAUGGCCAGGUACAGAUGCUGUUUUAUCCUACCUUUGUUGUUUUCUCUCCCAUAUCAUGGUAAACAUAACAAAAAUUAACCUUUUUCCCAGGGCCACUGUACUACUCUCCCCUCCCCCACCCACUCAGAAAUUUGGUAGCAAUACUUUUACUCCAUUCAUGUUGCUCUCUGUUUCUCCUGACCAGUGGAUGUCUUGCAAAGCAUAUUGAAGGGAACAAAAGGUUGCAAGUGAGAAAUGGGAUAUCAAAAAAAAAAAAAUAAAACCUCCUCUGCCUGUUCUAACUUUAAUUGCCCACUCUCCCUCAAAGAAAUCAUCUGGUAAGACUGUAAUGGAGCUAAGUGUAAACACUAGGUAAGAAUAAUCUCAGCAGAUAUGAUAGGUCGGUCUCGUCUCAGACUUAUAGACUUGUACUUUUCAUUGGCUCGGUUCUCAGAUGGACUUAGGAGAGAAGAUAGAGAACGAAAAGGCAGCCUCGUACCCCAAUAGUAUCAGAAUUACUUUAACACUGCCAUUUCAUGUUUUUCUUAUUCUCUAGAAAGGCUUCAGAAAUCUUUAUCAACUGUUUUUUUUUUCUAUAAAUUUACAGUUAACAAGGUUUACUCAGUCACUUUGAUUUGACUUUAGGUCGUCAUAUGAUGAAUAUACCCCUCCAGAUCAAAUAGAGCAUAUUCAGUCAUCUCUUCUGAGAGUUAUGUCAAGUCUUUAUGGUGAAGACGUAGCAGUAAACAAGUGCUAUCAGUAAACAAACGAUGUGGAUAUUUAGUUUGAAUUGAACUGGAUCUUCUGCUUGGACAUUGGAUAUGUUUGUAGGAUCUCACGCAUGAUUUCAAAUGAAAUAAAUCUCUCAAUGAACC